GUGUGUUCCCCCUCGGGCUAUAAGAAGGCGGAUGAUGAGAUGUCCGGAGCCACGUCCUCGGCGGAUCUGGACGAGGCACCAGCCCGCACCAUUUACUUGAACCAGCCCCAGCAGAGCAAGUUCCGCGACAACUGGGUCAGCACAGCCAAGUACAGCGUGGUGACAUUUCUACCUCGAUUCCUGUAUGAGCAGAUAAGAAAAGCUGCAAAUGCAUUCUUCCUCUUCAUUGCCUUACUGCAGCAAAUUCCAGAUGUCUCUCCAACAGGAAGAUAUACCACCUUGGUGCCAUUGCUAUUUAUUUUAACAGUUGCUGGCAUCAAAGAAAUCAUAGAAGACUAUAAAAGACAUAAGGCAGACAGUGCAGUGAAUAAAAAGAAAACAAUAGUUUUAAGAAAUGGGAUGUGGCAGAACAUUAUGUGGAAAGAGGUAGCAGUAGGAGAUAUUGUGAAGGUCACCAAUGGGCAACAUCUUCCAGCAGACAUGAUCAUUAUCUCUUCCAGUGAACCACAAGCCAUGUGCUAUAUUGAAACAGCUAAUCUUGAUGGGGAGACAAAUCUUAAAAUACGACAGGGGUUGUCUCAAACUGCUAGUCUCCAGUCAAGGGAAGAAUUGAUGAAAGUAUCUGGAAGGAUAGAGUGUGAAGGACCCAACCGUCAUCUUUAUGACUUCACUGGAAACUUGCGCUUAGAUGGUCAAAGCCCAGUUCCUGUUGGUCCAGACCAGAUCUUGCUAAGAGGUGCACAACUGAGAAACACUCAAUGGGUCUUGGGUAUUGUUGUGUAUACAGGACAUGAUACAAAGCUCAUGCAGAAUUCAACUAAAGCACCUCUGAAGAGAUCAAAUGUAGAGAAAGUGACCAACAUGCAGAUCCUGGUUUUGUUCUGCAUUCUCCUGGUGAUGGCCCUUGUGAGUUCUGUAGGUGCCUUAUUGUGGAACAGGACACAUGGUGAAGUCGUCUGGUACCUUGGCUCCAACAAAAUGCUGUCUGUCAACUUUGGAUACAAUCUGCUGACGUUUAUAAUCUUGUACAACAACCUUAUUCCAAUCAGUCUUCUGGUGACAUUGGAAGUUGUCAAGUUUACUCAGGCUCUUUUUAUAAAUUGGGACAUAGAUAUGUAUUAUCCUGAAACAGAUACACCUGCAAUGGCCAGAACCUCAAACCUUAAUGAGGAACUCGGGCAGGUGAAAUACCUGUUUUCUGAUAAAACGGGUACUCUAACGUGCAAUAUCAUGAACUUUAAGAAGUGCAGUAUUGCUGGAGUGACAUAUGGUCACUUUCCUGAGUUGGAAAGAGAACGUUCAUCAGAAGACUUCAGUCAGCUACCUCCUUCCAGUGAAUCGUGUGAAUUUGAUGACCCAAGACUGCUGCAAAACAUUGAAAAUGACCAUCCCACAGCUGUACACAUACAGGAGUUCCUCACUCUGCUAGCUGUGUGCCAUACUGUUGUUCCUGAGAGACAAGGAAAUACGAUAAUCUACCAGGCCUCUUCUCCAGAUGAAGGGGCAUUAGUGAAAGGAGCAAAAAAACUUGGUUAUGUCUUCACAGCACGGACUCCCCAUUCGGUGAUCAUUGAUGCGCUGGGAAAAGAAAAAACCUUUGAAAUUCUUAAUGUGCUGGAGUUUUCCAGCAACAGGAAGAGAAUGUCAGUGAUAGUUCGAACUCCAGCAGGAAAGCUACGUCUCUACUGCAAAGGGGCUGAUAAUGUAAUUUUUGAGAGGCUUUCAAAAGAUUCCCAGUAUAUGGAGCAAACACUGUGCCAUCUUGAAUACUUCGCCACAGAAGGUCUGAGAACUUUGUGCAUUGCUUAUGCAGACCUGUCAGAAAACUCUUACAGGGAGUGGCUGAAUGUCUACAACGAAAGCAGUACAGUUCUGAAAGACAGAACUCAGAAGCUGGAGGAAUGCUACGAGAUCAUCGAGAAGGAUUUACUGCUUCUUGGAGCUACAGCCAUUGAAGACCGCUUGCAAGCAGGUGUUCCAGAGACAAUAGCCACACUAAUCAAGGCAGAAAUCAAGAUCUGGAUUCUGACAGGGGACAAACAGGAAACAGCUCUCAAUAUAGGGUACUCUUGCAGACUUAUUUCACAGACUAUGUCUCUCAUCCUGGUCAAUGAGGACUCUCUAGAUGUAAGUAAGCAAAUUUUGAU